AUGACAAAAAAAGGUAACGCUAUGACAUCUCUGCCAGCGAAGUUACGUGGACAAGCCGCUGAGGAGUUCGAUGAGGGUGUACAACAGAGAAUUCGAUGGAAACCGGAGGAAGUUUCAGCUGAAAUGCAACGAAAGAACGAUUUGAAGGAUAGAUUCUAUUUCACACCGGCCGAGUUUUUAAAACCUGGCCUGAUCAGAUCGUUUUUUUCACGUUUGAAGGCGAUAAGUGAAAAGCAAACAGAAACAGUAGUUGUAGACGAAGUGAAGGAGGAAGAUGACGAUGAAUUUGACGACAAUCAGGUAGUUGAAGAGACUGAGCAAAGAAAUAAUUUAAGAAAUUCAAUGGGAAUUAGCAAUGAACAAUCAUCACCUCCAGCUGCCUCUCAAAACCGAGCAGUGUCACCAGAUAAAAGAGCUGGAUCAACGACUGAUGUUCGUCCAGCAAAAACGUCCGUCAUCGAGGAAACGUACUGGUGUCAAAUAAAGUAUUGA